AAACCCCCGAAACUCCACCUUCCGGGCGCGCGGCGCGGAGCCGGGCGGUGGGAAUGGAGCGAGCAGAUUGAGGCCGCCACUGCAGCGCCGCCAGCAUGAACUUGGCCGCGAGCUGAAGCGGCCGGCGGCGGGCGGGCGCGGGGGCACCGGCCGCUAUCCAGGGGGUGAUCUGCAACCGGGCUAGGUUACUAGGCGGCCGCCUGAGGCUAGGCUGCCUGCGCCGGCGGCCGCCCGCCCCUCGGACACUGCCCCCGCAGCCGCCGGAGCUCUGCAGCACGCCCUGUGUCUAGGUCGUUUGGGAAACGCCUUGGAGAGUCAAGAAUAAAAUUGCAGGUCAAACAAUGGAUGACUGGAAAAGUCGGCUUGUAAUCAAGAGCAUGCUUCCCCAUUUCACCAUGGUGGGAAAUCGUCAGGAGCCCAGAAAGCUCCAGGAAUCGGGAACUGUUAAGAGGAGACAAGAAGAAGACCACUUCCACUUUCCAGACAUGGCUGACGGGGGCUACCCUAAUAAAAUUAAGAGGCCUUGCCUUGAAGAUGUCACCCUUGCUAUGGGCCCGGGCACCCAUCCUGGUACUGCCUGUGCAGAGCUGCAGGUCCCUCCAUUGACAAUGAAUCCUAGCCCUGCGGCUAUGGGAGUGGGGGGCCAGCCGUUACUGCUCGAGAAUAACGCUAUGAACGGCAGCAUCAUGGGCUCACCAUUUGUGGUGCCACCGACUACAGAAGUGGGACUGAAAGGGCCAGCUGUUCCUUACUAUGAGAAAGCCAGCAAUGUGCCGGCUGUAGACCAGGAGCUUCAGGAGCUGCUAGAUGAGCUCACCAAAAUUCAAGACCCUUCUCUGAAUGAGCUAGAUCUUGAGAAGAUACUGGGGACCAAACCAGAAGAGCCACUGGUUUUAGAUCAUCCCCAGGCAACCCUAAGCACAACUCCCAAGCCUUCGGUUCAGAUGUCGCACUUGGAGAGCCUGGCUUCCAGCAAGGACUUUGCUUCUAGCUGCAGCCAAGUUACUGGUGUGUCACUUCAGAUCCCACCCUCCUGCACGGGGAUCAGCUAUACCAUUCCUUCCACCAGUAAGCAGAUGGUGUCACCGAGUUCUUCAAUGGCACAGUCCAAGAGCCAGGUCCAGGCCAUGCUCCCUGUCACUCUGCCCCCCUUACCAGUGCCUCAGUGGCAUCACGCCCACCAGCUGAAAGCAUUGGCAGCCAGCAAGCAGGGGUCUGCUACAAAGCAGCAAGGGCCCACCCCCAGUUGGUCUGGUCUGCCUCCUCCAGGACUGUCUCCACCUUACCGCCCGGUGCCAUCACCACAUCCACCACCACCGCCACUGCCAGCACCCCCACCCCCAUUCAGCCCCCAGAGCCUCAUGGUGUCCUGCAUGUCGUCCAACACCUUGUCGGGCAGCACUCUUCAAGGCUCUCCCAAUGCCUUACUAUCAAGCAUGACGUCCAGCAGCAAUGCUGCCUUGGGGCCCCCCAUGCCCUAUGCUCCUGAGAAGCUCCCCAGCCCUGCUCUCACUCAACAGCCACAGUUUGGCCCACAGAGCUCCCUUCUUGCCAACCUGGUGUCCUCUACCAUCAAAACCCCCCAAGGACACCUGAUGUCCACUCUGCCUACCAGCAACCCUGGGCCGUCCCCACCCUAUCGCCCGGAGAAGCUCUCCAGCCCAGGCUUGCCGCAGCAGUCCUUCACCCCACAGUGCUCCCUGAUCCGAAGCCUCACUCCCACCAGUAAUCUUCUAAGCCAGCAACAGCAGCAGCAGCAGCAGCAGCAGCAACAGCAGCAGCAACAGCAACAGCAGCAAGCAAAUGCGAUCUUUAAGCCCAUGACCAGCAGCUCAUCCAAAACCCUGAGCAUGAUCAUGCAGCAGGGGAUGGCAAGCUCCAGCCCAGGAGCCACAGAGCCAUUUACUUUUGGCAACACUAAGCCCUUGUCCCAUUUUAUUUCUGAGCCGGCUCCCCAGAAGAUGCCCUCCAUGCCUGCCACUUCUAGGCAGCCUUCCCUGCUCCACUACCUGCAGCAGCCGACACCAACGCAGGCAUCUUCAGCCACUGCCUCCUCUACGGCCACCGCCACCUUGCAGCUGCAGCAGCAGCAGCAGCAACAGCAGCAGCAACCUGACCAUUCUUCAUUCCUUCUGCAGCAGAUGAUGCAGCAACCCCAGCGUUUUCAGCGAUCAGUGGCCUCGGAUCCCAUGCCUGCUCUGCCUAGACAGGGCUGUUGCCAUCUGUUUGCAUGGACUUCUGCAGCUAGCUCGGUGAAGCCCCAGCAUCAACACGGGAACUCUUUCACUAGCAGGCAAGAUCCUCAGCCUGGAGACGUGUCACCAGCUAUCAUUACUCAUGUAGACAAAGCCUGCAAGCUUGGGGAAGCCAGGCCCCCCAAGGUCAGCCUCGGGCGACAGCCCCCAUCCUGCCAGGCCCUGGGGAGUGAGUCCUUCCUGCCCGGCAGCUCGUUUGCUCAUGAGCUGGCCCGAGUCACCUCCUCGUACAGCACCUCAGAGGCAGCGCCCUGGGGCGGCUGGGAUCCGAAGGCCUGGAGGCAGGUGCCCGCUCCACUACUGCCUAGCUGCGACGCUGCAGCAAGAGAAACAGAGAUCAGGUCUUAUGGCAAUGACCCCUGAACGGCAGAAUGCAUAUAUGUCACAACAGAUGAGUCAAUUUCAAGCCGUCCAAGAACAAGUCACCUCCAAGUGUAGCUGGACCAAGGCAAGCCCCCCAUCUAGCCAGCACAUGAUGCCACCCAGAACUAGGCUCCUUCAGAACAAUCUGAGUCCAGAAAUUAUCCCACUUACCAGGCACCAGAGCUGCGAGGGCAUGGGAGUGAUCUCACCAAAUCCGGGGAAGCAGCAAGGAAUUUUUGCCUCUAGCCCCCAGUUUCCCAUGCCCUCACACUCGGGCCAGACUCCCCUAGGCAGUCUUGGCUCUGUCUGCCAGCGUACGCAGAGUCCCAAGGCCAUCCCACCAGAAGUGCCCCUGCCUGGGUUCUGUCCCAACCCCCUGGGCACCCAGUCCUUGAGUCCCCACCAGCUCAGACAGCCUAGUGUGCCAAGAAUGCCCACUGCAUUCAACAA